AUGCCUCUGCCCCCCCUCAGGCCGGCCAACCUGCAGCCAGCGGCCGAGGCGGUGGAGGUGGGCAGGCUCAUCCUCAAGGCGGCGGAGUGGUCGCCGCAGUCGCACGAGCUCUUCCCGGAGGCGGCUCGCAAGCGGGCUGUCGAGGUGAUGCGGUUGGGCUACCUGAUCGCGUGGGACGAGGAGCGCUUCGAGGGCCGCGCGGGGCCGGAGCUGCUGGACUGCUGGCGUAGCUUCGUGGUGCCCAAGGUCGUCGAGCGCGAGGAUCGUGAGCGCGAGUUGCGCGAGUUGCGCCGCGUCUCGGAAAAGAUGGCGGCGGGCGCGGGCGCGAUGGGAGCGUUUGUCCUCGAUCCCACCCAGUUCUGACCGCCAUAGGAUUCCUAUACCCCUAAUGCACGCGAGUAGAUCGGACGUAGAGCGAUCCUUGGGAGGUCGCAGGGUCCCCUCUCCUUUGGGGGCGGGGCCAGCUCGGUUGUCAUGCCGCGCGUACACUGUCGUAAUGCUGUCUUUGUUUGCAUUGGUGUUUUGCUGUGUUUGUGUGUGUGUGUGUGUGGCCGCCUCCUGCGCGCUCUAGGCGGGGGUGGGCCUCUACCUGCAUGUACUGUCGCGGUGCCUGCCGCCUGCCAGCCUGCCUGCCUGCGCGCAACCGUGAUUUUUAUUGAC